GAUUAUUUUUAUCAAAAUUUCUAGUUUGACGUUUUUUCCUGCACUACUUUUGUUCCUAGCGUACAAUUCCAAUUAAAAUUCUUCACCGUCCGCGCAUAAUCUGAAGCGAAUCUCGUUCGAAGUAUAACAUUCCCACGCGAGCGACGGAACGACGACGACGACGACGACGACGACGACGACGACGAUGAUGACAGAGACGGAGAACGCAUGUAGAGAGCUUCUUGGGCGCGCGCGCCGAUCUGGCGCUCAGUCUACACGCGACAGUCGUCCCGUGAGUGGAAAUAAAGUUGAACUGUGUGCGACUCGACAGAGAGCUUAUCAUGAGGUAUGUUGCGGCUCUCGACGUUGGCACUACGACCAUUCGCUGCCACAUCCUCAACGAAGCAGGCGAAAAUGUUGCCAUUAACUCCGAAAAGGUGGAGCUGUUAUAUCCAAAGCCCGGUUACGUGGAAAUUGAUCCGGACUGGCUGUGGGAUAGCAUAGUUCGAGUAAUUCAGCAAUGCAUCAAGGAAAGUGGUCUUGAACCAUCGAAGAUAGAAGCUCUGGGCAUAUCGACGCAGCGCAGCAGUGUAAUUACAUGGAACACUGAUAGCGGCAAACAUUAUCACAACUUCAUAACAUGGAAGGAUCUACGCGCAGACUCGAUGGUCAACUCGUGGAACUCGUCCCUGACGAUGCGGGGCUUACGCCUGGGCUCGAAACUCCUCUACGCGGUAUCUCGCAACAAGCGAUAUCAAGCUGGCAGUGUCCUUCGAUUGAUGAAUACCCAGAUGACGCUGCGGCUGUUGUGGGCACUGGAGAACGUGGACGGCCUGCGGGAAUCGGCUGACGCCGGAAAAGCGGUCUUCGGCGGUGUUGAUUGUUGGCUUCUCUACAAAUUGACCGGCCAGCAUAUAACAGACGUAUCGAGCGCUUCCGCUACGGGACUCUAUGAUCCGUUCACUCUGAAAUGGGCUGGCUGGUCCCAGAAUCUCUUCAACCUGCCCAGCUCGAUGUUUCCGCGUGUUGUCGACACGGCUGGUAAUUUCGGUCGACUACCGGCUUCGCUUUUUGGUGCGGAAAUACCUAUCGCUUGCUUGAUGGCGGAUCAAUCUGCUUCGCUUUUAGCCUCUGGCUGUUUCAAACCUGGAGACCUCAAGCUAACCAUGGGCACUGGUAGCUUCAUUAAUGUCAAUACCGGUGACGAGCCCCAUGCUUCUGUUUCAGGUCUUUAUCCCUUGGUUGCCUGGCGAUUAGGAACUGAGUUAGUUUAUGUUACCGAAGGUUCAUCGAAUGAUACUGGUACCAUUAUCGAAUGGGCUAAAUUUUCAGGAAUCAUUCAGGACGAAUCGGACACUUACACGUUAGCUACUUUCGUGAAAGAUUCAGAUGGAGUUUGCUUUGUUCCCGCCUUUAGUGGUCUGCAGUCACCGAUCAAUGAUCAGAAUGCUGCAGCAGGAUUUAUCGGUAUAAAGCCAACCACACAGAAAGCUCACCUUGUUCGCGCGAUGAUGGAGGGUUUAGUUUUCAGAGUAGUGAUGAUUUAUAAUUGCUUACAACGCGAAACAUUUUUUUCGUACCACAAGAUAAGGGUCGAUGGAGGAGUAUCACAAAAUGACUUUACCAUGCAGCUUUUGUCUGAUAUGACUGGAUUAGAAGUUGAGCGUAGUACGAGUAGCGAAAUGUCAGUUUUAGGUGUAGCCUUUUUAGCUGGAUUACAUCAAGGUAUUUGGAAAAGUAAGGACGACAUCCUAAAGCUUCGCCGUGUCGAGAAAACAUUUUAUCCCAACAUGGAGAGGAAAGCUUCCUAUGCGAAGUCGUUCGAAAACUGGAAAAAGGCCGUAGAAAGGGUCAAAGAUUGGUACUGACCAAGCGCUCCCUCCAAGUUGCCAGACCUUGAAAAAGACGACGAAGCUUUAAUAGCAAGACAAGAGAGAAGGUGGAGUUGCAUGAAAAUCUUUAUAGGAAUUAUCAUAUUGAUAUACAUAGUCAAAGUAUUGCGAACUUUUUGAAAGAAUUUUUUGUGUACUUUAAAAGUAUUUUCAUAGAAAAUGCUGAGAUUAUAGCCAAUUUAACGUAUUGUACCUAUGUAAUACGCGUGUAUAGGAAAAAGUCGUACAGUAUGACUCCACUUAGAGUAAACAUAGGCUAAGACUUCCUUGUCAUAAUAAACAGGGUUGUAAUCUUUUUAGCUCGUAUAUUUUCUUACGACAAAUCACAUGUAAAGUAUAUUAGGGGUGUCAUACUGUUGGACAAACUUUUGUACAAUAAUAAUGUGAUAAUUAAGAAUUGAAGAUUUACCGUGAAAAAAGUAGAGAAAUCUUACGAAUUGACACAUAAGUCACUUAUGUAAACACUAGUAAUUUACAAGUGCCUUAUACACAAAAAUCUCUGUUACGGAGAGAAUCAUAUGUAAAUUGUGUAUUUUGAUACUCAUAUUUUCUAAAAAAAAAUAAAAAAAUAUGCUUAGUUCAUCCACAAAA